AUGGUGGUUUGGUUGAUCACUCUCGCUGUCCUUACACUCCGUCUUCCUGUCCAUGGCGGCAGCGUCGGAAAAUCGCCACGACGUACCCUGCUCGACGACGCCGAAGAUGUACACGAUUUGUACAAAGAGGAAGGUAUGAAGGAAAUCACCAGUUCUCUGGUCUCCCAGAUGUCCAGCGCCUGUGAUGUCACACAUGUCAUCGUUCGUCUCAUCUUGAAAGAAGCUGAGGAAAGGUCUAAACUGGCCCUACGACUACAAGCCAGGCUAAGGAAGAUGAGCACUAAAUUGGCCUCCAUUAAUGCUGAGCCUCCGCCCCCAGAUCAUAUUAUAGCCUUUUCCGCCCGCGUGGGAAACCAUCAGCAAAACCUGCGUCCUCUGCAAGUCAUUGUCUUCAAGGAAAUCAUCACUCUGAUUGGCGGAGGCUACAGCGCUUCUUCGGGACAGUUCCGGUGCCCAGUAAAAGGGUUAUACGUCUUCCACGUGACUGUUAUAAGCGCUUGGAAUGACCGGAUCGAGACGGAACUGGUUAAGAACACAAAAUCUCAAGUGCAGCUGUACUCCGGUGGCAACAAACACGGGUCAUCCUCUAACACUGCCGUGUUGAGCUUGGAAGUCUCGGAUCUGGUGUGGGUGCGCGUGUUCAGAAACCGUGGACGCUUUGUUCAUCAAUGGUCAUCCUUUAGCGGCCAUCUUGUUCACACUCUCUGA